UGGUGUUGCAUCUUUCCAUGCUAAUUCAUUGGCUGGUGUUUUUGAGUCCGGCUGUCCUCUAAUAAUAAUAGUUUGGUACUUUAUUCUAUCCAAUAUCAAUUUAAAUAUGAAAUACUAAAAUGGAGUCAGAUAUGGCGACAGUAACUGUUAAAAAGGAGGAGGAGGAGGAGGAUGAUAGCAGCCAGCAACCAGCUGCAGUGGAAGAUGAUUGCAGCCAACAAAAUUAUCUAAUCCCUGGCUUCAACAUGAUCUUCAUCAAAGAGGAGGCAUAUGACGAGGAAGAGGCUGAAGAAAGUGCAGUGAAGAGCGAACCAGAGAUGUGGCCUUCAAACUGCAGCACAUCUGGCCGAGACUAUGCAACAGGAGUGGGUGGACUGAAUGAGCAUUCAACCUCUCCAGUGGAGAAGUGCACUGAGUCAUCUGUGGCUGGCAAAAAGACCAAGCUAUACAGCUGUGCUGACUGUAGCUAUAAGACACCAAAGUUUAGUCAUUUGAAGAUCAAGGAAGAAAUUGAAGCAUUCCUGAAUGCUCCAAUGGAUAUUGGCAGAAGCGCCCAUGAAUUAUCCUUGAAGGAUGAAUUAGACUAUGAGAAUCAGUCAAAAAUGUCCACAUGUGACCAAAUAACAGAUAGCAAAUCACCAGUCUCAGAGCACAAUUCAUUGAGUGGAGAAUCAGAUUCCAGGUUGACUAAGGCCAUUGAAAAAGAAGUGUGUGGUGGUAGAAUAGCCAAAGUAGUAUCAGUAAGUUUGGAGGAUUCGUUUGAAGGCUGCAAUCAACAGAAGUUAUGUCCAUACCAGAUGGUGACAGUUACUGUCAAAAAGGAGGAGGAGAAGGAGGAGGAGGAGGAUAGCAGCCAGCAACCAGCUGCAGUGGAAGAUGAUUGCAGCCAACAACAUUAUCUAAUCCCUGGCUACAACAUGAUCUUCAUCAAAGAGGAUGCAUAUGACGAGCAAGAGGCUGAAGAAAGUGCAGUGAAGAGCGAACCAGAGAUGUGGCCUUCAAACUGCAGCACAUCUGGCCGAGACUAUGCAACAGAAUUGGGUGGACUGAAUGAGCAUUCAAUCUCUCCAGUGGAAAAGUGCACUGAGUCAUCUGUGGCUGGCAAAAAGACCAAGCUCUACAACUGUGCUCACUGUAGCUAUAAAACACCAAGGUUCACUGAUUUGAAGACACACAUUAGAAAACACACUGGGGAAAAACCUUUCAGAUGCGAGUUUUGUGACUACAAAAGUGCUCAGUUAAGUAAUAUGAAAACACAUAUUAGAACUCAUACAUCAGAGAAACCUUUCAGCUGCGAGUUUUGUGACUACAAAAGUGCUCAGCUAGGUCAUUUGAAAGUACAUAUCAGAACCCAUACUGGAGAAAAACCAUUCAGCUGCGAGUUUUGUGAUUUCAAAAGUUCUCAGCUAUGUACUUUGAAAGCACAUAUCAAAACACAUACUGGAGAAAAACCAUUCAGCUGCGAGUUUUGUGACUUCAAAAGUGCUCAUCUAAGUACUUUGAAAGCACAUAUCAAAACACAUACUGGAGAAAAACCUUUCAGCUGUAAGUUUUGUGACUACAAAAGUACUCUGUUAGGUAAUUUGAAAAGACAUAUCAGUAUACAUACUGGAGAAAAACCUUUCAGCUGUGAAUUUUGUGAUUUUAAAAGUGCUAGUUUAGGUCAUUUGAAAGCACAUACCAGAACACAUACUGGAGAAAAACCUUUCAGCUGCGAAUUUUGUGAUUUUAAAAGUGCUAGGUUAGGUCAUUUGAAAGAUCAUAUCAGAACACAUACUGGAGAAAAACCUUUCUGCUGCGAGUUUUGUGACUUCAAAAGUGCUCAUCUAAGUACUUUGAAAGCACAUAUCAAAACACACACUGGAGAAAAACCUUUCAGCUGCGAUUUUUGUGACUACAAAAGUGCUCAGCUAGGUCAUUUGAAAGUACAUAUCAGAACCCAUACUGGAGAAAAACCAUUCAGCUGCGAGUUUUGUGAAUACAAAAGUGCUAGGUUAGGUGAUUUGAAAGUACAUAUCAGAACCCAUACUGGAGAAAAACCAUUCAGCUGCGAGUUUUGUGAUUUUAAAAGUGCUAGGUUAGAUCAUUUGAAAGUACAUAUCAGAACCCAUACUGGAGAAAAACCAUUCAGCUGCGAGUUUUGUGACUUCAAAAGUGCUCAGCUAGGUAAUUUGAAAGCACAUAUCAAAACACAUACUGGAGAAAAACCUUUCAGCUGCAAGUUUUGUGACUUCAAAAGUGCUAGAUUAGGUAAUUUGAAAGCACAUACCAGAACACAUACUGGAGAAACAACUCCUAGCUAAGCAUAAUUUUGUUAACCCUCACUUUCUUAUCAAACUUUAUUAAAACAGUUAUCUACUCUACCUUGAAUCUUCCAAUUAAACUUCAUCUUCAAUUGAUUCAAUUUAUUUCAUCAAUAAGUAAUAACUUGGUGGGUAAAUCCUGCAGUAGAGUCUGCCAUGAAUGAGGUUAGUCCUCCUCUCUUUGUGGCUUCAAAAAAAAAAUUAUUUGUGAAUACAUUGAUAAUAAUUGUCACAGAUCAUAUGAAUAUGGUUGGGAUACAUCACCAGGCUUGCCCAAAACUGUUAUUCAUCCAAAUUUCAUAAAGAAUAACAUUUUUUAUGUUUUCUUAAUUCAAAUUUCAAUAUUUAUAUCUUAUUCAAGAACAACAUUUUUGUAUCAUUCUCUUGGUGUAAAUGAGGCUUGUUUUAGCAGUAAGCCUGUAAACCUCUGAAUUAUGUUUGAGAGUAUUUCUAUAUGUUCAAUAGUAUUAUCUCUUGUAUUAUUUUUAGAUGUUAUAAUAUUAUAUUAUGUAAUAUCACAUUUUUCCCGAUUGAAAUAGAAUCUUCAAUUACUGAAUUAACAGAUAAUUCCAAACAACAUAAAGGGUAAAUAAAUUUAAAAUAACUUUAAAAAAUAAAGUUUUAUUGAGUAUAAUAAAUGAAAUUUGUUAACUUGUAUUCUUUAUCAGUUGGCAAUCGAUGAUGUGUAGGCAUUUAUUUAUUUCAGGUGUUCAUCUCAGGCGUUUCUCUCAAUUUUGUAUAAGGCUUGGCUAUCAUUAGAAGUAUUUGUCUCCUGUUGAAGAUUUUCUAAAUAAUUGAAAUUUAAGAUGUUUUGUAUGAGAUUUGAAUGUUUUUUAUUAAAUUUAUUGAUGUUAAUGAACAUAUGUGAAGUGUAGAUUUCAAUUUCUCUUUUCAAUUGGUGUUAAAAUUUUCAUUUAAUGUUGAAAGCCAUAAGCCUGCCUUAUAGCCUGUAAAUGAAGGAUAAGUAUUAUUAAUUUAUAAGUUGUAUAUUUUGAUCUAGUUUUGAAACAAUAAUUUCUGAGUUUUUGUGAAAGCUUUUUGAAUCUAUUUUGAUGAACAUAUCAAACAUAUUUGUAACCUCAAUUAUGUUCAAUCUAUUUUCAGUCCAUGUAUGAUUAUUUGUUCUGGUGUAAACUGAAUUUUUUCGAAUCAUUUUGAAAAUUAUAAUUUGAUUUGCUCU